GCGAGGAGACGGUGACUGUUGGUCGCGCGCAUCUGGCGGGCUGAGGAGGAAGCGGGUGGACUGACGGACGGACCGGAUUCAAUAUUGAAAGAUGCUCUCUCGACUUAAAUUGACUUUAAGGCCAUGUGCCUACUCCUGUCGUUGCAUGCACACGGUAGAGAAGGGCCGACCGUUGAUGUUGAGUCCCAGAACAAAUAAGGGCAUGGCAUUCACAUUAGAAGAACGACAAAUUCUAGGCCUGCAUGGGCUCCUGCCUCCUAAAAUAGAAACACAAGAUAUUCAAGCAAUGCGUUUUAAGAAGAAUUUGGAAAGAAUUCGAAGCCCUCUAACAAAAUAUAUUUACGUCAUGGGAAUCCAGGAAAGAAAUGAAAAAUUAUUUUAUAGGAUACUGCUUGACAACAUUGAGGAAUUAAUGCCAAUUGUUUAUACUCCAACAGUGGGCCUGGCCUGCUCACAAUAUGGACAUAUUUUUCGGAGACCAAAAGGUGUCUUUAUUUCCAUCUUGGACAAAGGCCAUGUUAGAUCAAUUCUUGACAACUGGCCAGAAACAAACAUUAAGGCUGUCGUUGUAACAGAUGGAGAACGGAUAUUGGGACUUGGAGACUUGGGAGUUUAUGGAAUGGGAAUACCAGUGGGAAAGCUGUGCCUAUACACAACGUGUGCUGGAAUUGAUCCGCGGGGAUGUCUUCCUGUUUGCAUUGAUGUCGGUACUGAUAAUGAGACUCUAUUGAAAGAUCCAUUUUACUUGGGUCUUUACCAGAAAAGAGAUCAUUCACAUCAUUAUGAUGAACUUAUUGAUGAGUUUAUGGAAGCAAUUGUGAAUAAGUAUGGACGUUCUACCCUUAUUCAAUUUGAAGAUUUUGGGAAUCACAAUGCCUUCAGGUUUUUGAAGAAAUACAAAGAUAAAUAUUGUACUUUCAAUGAUGACAUUCAAGGCACUGCAUCGGUAGCACUGGCAGGAUUGUUCUCAGCCCAGAGAGUGAUUAAGAAACCAAUCACAGAGCACAGAUAUCUGUUUCUUGGAGCUGGGGAGGCAGCAGUAGGCAUUGCUGAUCUGAUCGUGAUGUCAAUGAAAGAGACUGGCAUGCCUGAAGAGGAAGCACAGAAGAAGAUCUGGAUGUUUGACAAGUUUGGUUUAAUUUGUGAGGGUCGUUCAGAGCCAAUAGAAGAUAACCAGGAAGCAUAUGCCCACCCAGCACCUAAAUCAACCAAGACAUUUCUGGAUGCAGUCAAUUUAUUACAGCCGACUACUAUUAUUGGUGUGGCAGGUGCUGGCAGACUGUUCACCAAAGAAGUAAUUAGUGCCAUGGGCAGAAACAAUGAACGCCCAAUAAUUUUUGCAUUAAGUAAUCCAACAACUCAAGCUGAAUGCACUGCAGAAGAGGCAUACACUUUAACAGAGGGGAGGUGCCUUUUUGCCUGUGGCAGCCCAUUUGACCCCGUGACUCUACCAGAUGGACGUGUGCUGAAGUCAGGCCAGGGAAAUAAUGCUUACAUCUUCCCUGGUGUGGCACUGGCUGUGAUCCUUUUCGGAGUUCGUAAAAUAAGUGAUCAAGUUUUCUUGGAAGCUGCAAAGGCACUUGCUGACCAGGUGACUAAUGAAGAAUUGGCUGAAGGACUCCUUUAUCCGAACAUAUCUAAUAUCCGGGAAGUGUCUAUUAAUACUGCAGUUAAGAUCGCAGAAUUCCUUUAUGCAAAUGGUCUUGCGUUGGAGUACCCAGAGCCAAAGGACAAAAGGGAAUUUUUGAUGUCGAAGAUGUGGAAGACUAAUUACGAGUCCUUUGUUCCAGAUAUUUAUGACUGGCCAGAGUCUGCAACAAGGCUACCUAGUUUGUAACCUGAUGCUUCUUUAAACCUUGCUCAAGAACAGGCAUGUCUGCCUAUUAAUUAACUUUUGGACCUGUUGACAAAGUGCCCUCAAAUUUUCUUUCCAGCUGAUUUCUUUUCCCCAAUAUUAAUUAACUGUGAUUCAUUGGAAUGAUGCAGAUCUUGAACAUAAAUUCAGUAUGUAAAAUAUUCUGCACAUCAGGAUGUCUGACAACCAUUAAUUCUGAAGUGCAUCUUUCUAUAGGCAAAUUCAAUUGUCAAUUUAAAAACAAUGUUGGUAUAACAAAUCUGAAAGAAGAGCCCCUUCAGAACUAGUUCUGUCUAGAUUAUGAGCUGAAGUGUGCCUUUAACUAUUUGGGAAAUAAAAAUCGGCCAUGGUUUCAUUUGCACAUUAUCUUUGCGAAAAUGAAACUGUGUUGAGGUUGAACAUCCUUAAGGCUACAGGAAAGCAUUGGCGACAUCAUGAUUCUCCACCUCGUAUUCAAAACCUUCAGGUGUUGUGUAUAAGUGACAAAUAUUUAAAAUCUGUAGUUUAAAAUAGUUUCAGUAAAACCAGCAAACUAAAUUUUUGGAAGGUAUGUGUGAAGAGUUAGGAAUUAUAUUUUUUUGUAUGUUUAACUUAUUUUGAAUAAUACAACUUUGAGUCAUCGUUGAUUUUAAAGGUGUUGGCAUAAGCAUUUUGUUAAAUUAAAUGUUAGUGUCAUUUGUGAGUUGACAAAAUUACAAUUUCACUUUGCUAAUGUCAUUCAAGGAAUAGCAUAACAUCAAUGCAAUUUCUUGUCAGAUUGUUAUUGGUGCAGACAGGCUGGCGAAGUGCAUGCAUCAUAUUUCCCAUAGAAAGAGAUUAUGAGAAAUAGAAUCAUGGGUUUUAAGAAGUAGUUCCAACAGGAUUAUCCUGCUCAAAAGGAAUGUAUAAUACAAUUGAAAUUGAAUAUUAUUCAAAAACGUAUUGUAGUUUACAAACUAUCAUUUGCAGAGCAAAUGAUCUCCAAUAGAUACUUGACUUUUGCAGAGGCCCCUUUCUACUUUCCACUCCUUCCCAACCACUCUUUAGUCUCCCAAGGAAAGGCAUUUGACUGAAUCAAGCAGGAUAACGAGUCCGAAAUACAGCAGAAGUCAAACCCAUGUUCCCAAGAUAUUAAUUGUAGGAAUUUUCAAUUGCAAUUUGAUGUAAAAAAUAUUUUUCCUAUUCACUAAAGUGCUGUUUUUGUACAAGGCUUUUGCCUUUUUCUCUGUUGGAAUAAUGCAAGUCCAGUAUUUAUGUGUGUUUAAUAUAUGCAAAGAAUAUAAUAGUCAAACCCAUGUCAAAUUAAAUUGCAAUGAAGCUGAAAAUUU